AUGAAUUACGUGCGGUCCAUCACGGGCAGCGUCUCCAAGGGCUGGAAUUCCAUCAACCCCGCAACCCUCAGCGGCGCCAUUGACACCAUCGUCGUAGAGCACGAAGACGGCAGCCUAGCAUGUUCGCCCUUCCAUGUCCGCUUCGGCAAGUACCAGAUACUGCGGCCCUCGGACAAGAAGGUCGAGUUCAGAGUCAAUGGCGAGCUGCAGGACUACUCGAUGAAGCUGGGCGAGGGCGGCGAGGCCUUUUUCGUAUUCGAGACGACGCGCUCCAUCCCCGCUGAAAUGCAGACGUCGCCCAUAGCAUCGCCCGCCGCCAGUCCCGAGCAGAAACCUGUAGAGCUGCCCUCGGAGCGCGCCUUCGACGAGCCCGAACCCCUCGAUCUAGACAAUAGCGGCAUGGCAAGGAGAAGAGGGCGCAUGUCCAUGUCGGUCCCCACCUCAGAUAGCAUACACGCCGAGGCUGAGUUCGGGCGGCCAAAGUCGGGAGACUGGUCUGGUUUUCAUAUGCAAAGGGCAAGCACGGAUGAGACGGUUCCCUCUGUGAAAGACGGCUUCGCCAAGACGUUCGAGUCAUCGCAACCACAGGAGAAAGGGCCAGAGAGGGGGCCGCUGCAGAUAAGCAAGGAGGAUGCGACGGCUUGGAAUAGGUCAACUCGCUCAGCGAGUCCGCCACCUGUGUCAGCCAGUGAAGCCCUUGCCCGCGCCAUCAAGCUGUCCAAGAAACUCUUUACCUCCAACAUCCCGAAUAAAGUCACCGAGACUGGCGACCUCGAACUAGACAUGACAGGGUACAAGAGUAGCGAGGAAGAUGCCUUGCGCGCUGAAGUCAUCGCCCGGCGCAUUCUGUCAGACGAGCUCGCAGGAGACUAUGAUAUUGGUGCACUCAUCGGCGCCGACGAAAAUGGCAAUCUCUGGAUCUACAGCAGUGAGGAAGCCAAAGCCGCAGCCAUGGCAAAAACAUCCAUGAACGUCUUGAAUGAAGCAGCUCUGCAGUCGAGCGACGCGUUAUCAGACCCCGGCUACCAAAGUGACAGCGGCCGCAGCGACUCCACAGCCCAAUUUCCUCUACGCAGAGACUCAGAUAGUGCUCUAGGCUCCUCCGCGCCACACUCUCCCUCUGCCCAAAACACCAAAUCCGAAACCAAGACUUACGCAAAGACGCUCCGCCUCACCAGCGAGCAACUCCGCGCUCUCAACCUGAAGCCAGGCGCCAAUACCAUGUCCUUCACCGUCAACCGCUCAAAGUGCGAAGCUUACAUGUUCUACUGGAAACAUGACGUCCCCAUCGUCAUCUCGGAUAUCGACGGCACAAUUACAAAAUCCGACGCCCUGGGCCACGUCCUCAACAUGAUCGGCCGCGACUGGACACAUCAGGGUGUCGCAAAACUCUACACUGAUAUUGUAAACAAUGGCUACAACAUCUUCUACCUAACCAGUCGGUCAGUUGGUCAAGCAGACACCACACGCGCGUAUUUGAACGGCGUCGUGCAAGAUAAUUACAGACUGCCCAAGGGGCCCGUCAUAAUGAGCCCGGAUAGGACUAUCGCGGCGCUGCGGCGAGAGAUUUAUCUGCGCAAGCCCGAAGUGUUCAAAAUGGCUUGUUUGAGGGAUAUCAUGCAGCUUUUUGACAAGCCGCCGCAUCAGACGCCUUUCUACGCCGGAUUUGGGAAUAGGUUUACCGACGCGCUGUCGUAUCGAUCUGUUAAUAUCCCGUCUACGCGCAUUUUCACAAUCAACUCCAACGCCGAGGUCAGUCUGGAUGUCCUGAGUCUGAGCUAUAAAACGGGGUAUGCGAGCAUGCGCGAGAUUGUCGACCACUUCUUCCCUCCCGUCGGUUUACUCGUGCCUGCGGGUGGAGAAGCAUAUACGGAUUUUAAUUAUUGGAGGGAGAAACCGCUUGAUAUUGCAGACUUUACCGACAGCGAAGAUGACGAUGAUGACGACGAUGACGAUGAGCAAACCGAGGCGGCUAGUAUCAGGAGUGAAGAUGAGAUGGGUUCGGAAAUAGGAGAGGAUCUAGAGGCGAGUUAUAUGUCGAGGGAGAGUUUGGAUCAGGACGAGACGGGUUUGGAGGAUUCGAUUAUCGAGAGUGUGGAAGGGGGGGAUUAUGUCGAGGGCGAGGAGUACUUGGAAAUGGCGGGUGAGGAUGAAGAGGAGGAGGAGGAGGAGAAGGAGGAUGAAGAUGUGACGGAGAUUGAGGGUGUUGUGCCGACGAUAGAGGGUGUAGAUACUGGUGUGGAUACGACAGUGGAGCAGAUGAGGAUGUUGGAUGUCAGGGAAAGGAGUCCUACUCCGCGGGCUAGUCCAAGACGGUAA